CAACAAAUAUGUCUUCCCCAACUCGAUUAUCAGACUUUGGAGAUGACUUGAUUCCUAACAAUGAGCUGGACGAUGAUAGAUCAGACAAUGGUGGUUAUGCCUCGGACGAAGCUAUUGAAGAUAACAAAUUUGAUGAAGAUGGUCAAGAUACAGAAAAGAGACAGAUUGAUCCUUCAACGAGUCAGAAGCGUAGGACUAUGAAUCCUCAACCAAAGUUAGAUGCCGAACGGUUGAAAGGACCAAAAGGACUUCACAUGAUAGAAAAGCACUUUGAAAACUUCAAAUUCCAUGGCAAAGGUUAUGAGAAGAAAGAUCUGGAUAGUAUGAUGAAAAAACUGGAAUAUUGGUCCCAUAGAAUGUUUCCUAAGUUAGAGUUUGAUGACUUUCUCGGAAGAAUGGAGGUCCUGGGGACAAAGAAAGCUGUUCAAACUCACAUUAAAAAAAUCAGACUUGACUUACUAACCGAUGACAAUGUUGUGGUCAAUGAUUCCGGUGACGAGGAGCCAGAGCCAAGACAAGACUCCACCGAACCAAUAGAUCAAUUCGACGCUUUGAUUGCUGAAGAACUUGAGAAACAAAAACAACUUGCUACCCCACAAAGACCAAAAAACUUUCAGUCUCUCAAUACGGUUACACCAAAAAUUGAAUCAACUACCACUGUUGAAAUUACUCAAGAGAUGAAAGAGAAGAUUGAGAGAAAUAGACAGAUCGCGAUUCAGAAAAGAUUAGCUAGAAUUGAGGCUGAGGAAGCAAAAAAACGAAACGCGGAACAUCAAGAAGAUGUUGUUGAAACUCUGGUUGAAACAGAAAUCAUAAAUCAAAAUCUACAAGAAGAAGUUAACGUUAAAGAUGCGAUGAUCACUGAUGAAUUUGGAACAAUGUCCGCCCCAGUGUUAUACAACUGUAGGAAUUUAAUAUAUUCGAAUUUUCGCCGACGAAAUGCUAUCAGUUGCUAUACUAAAAAUAAUAUACGAAUCUUCACCAGAUGCGGGUUAACGCAAUUAACUUCACAAAAUGUAAUUAAUCGGGACAGGACGAACCUUCGAUGUUUUAGCACAGAGGCCGAUCCAAAUCUUAAUCCAGCUGAAUCUACUUACAAACCGUUGAUGGAUCUUCCUCCAGUUGCUUGGCCAAGAUUUUUCCAAAGUAUCGCAUGUCGGCUUACUUUUGCUCUAGGAUUUCCUGCCAUUGACCCAGAAUUUGACAGAUAUGAAUUCUUCAAUGGUGCAAAGCAAGCUGUAUGUGUUGUGUCUGAUGCACUGUCGAGAGAAGAUUACGAAAGUUUAGAAGGACUUGUUACUCCUGAGGCUAUUGAGGUUCUGAAAAAAAAUAUAUCCGUGAUGACUGCGGUUGAGAAGAAAGAGCUUGUGCUUGAUCCAAAAGACUUCUUCUUUUGCUUUCCAUGGGCGAUCGGAAUGCGGGAAAAGACUGAGCCGCCGUCACGUGAUGUUGAAAUAAUGAUGGUGUUCCAUUUUCUACGUAAUUGGGAAGAUCCCAUAAUUCCUGCCAGGAAGCUGGGCCCAAAUGUGACCGUACAAGAGCUUGAGGCACAACUAGUACCUGUCUAUCGUCAGGUCAUCACUAAUCCAAAGUAUUUCGAUCAUACGGUAGUGGGAAACUAUAGAUUUGUCAGAAACUAUGGUAGUAGUGACUCAUCCUGGUCGAUCAAUGCGUUAAAUCAAUUCAAAAUAUGCCAUGCAGAAUGAUUAUUCACAAGUUGAAAUUGAAAGUAAAAUAAUGUAAAAGUUUUGACUGUACAGUGAUCGACAUAAACGCAAUGUUAGAUAAAAUGAUUAUUUUAUUCGCUCCAAACAGUGUUUGAUGAAAAUCUUUGUACUACCAUUUGGAUGUUUGAACAUGUUAUCUGUUCACUCGUGUCAUCUUGUAAUGAAGAUAUUUUCCAAUAA